AGGCCAUGAAUUGACGAAAUAAUUAAAAGACUGCACUGUGUCCUUCGAAAACUUUCGUGUCCAAAAAGGGCCACAGCUCAAGAAACCGGUUUACCUGGAAACAUCCAACGAAUUUUAAGUAUAGUAUUUACAAUCUCGUCUUGGAAUUGCAGGAAGAUGCAAGCAUAUAGCGACGAAGAACUCAACUAUUUCAGACUAUGUAAAAUUGUCGCUAGUGUUAUCCCAGAAGGUCUGAGAGAGAUUUUCAAGCAACAAUGGGAUACUCACUACACAAGCACACACGGACCAUGGAUGGACACGCCGGCCAAUUUUGCGUCCUUUCAAAGCAUGGAGUCUCCGAGGAAUCGCAAAAAGAACAAGCGCCUUCUGGGGAUAAUGACAAAUGGUGACCGAACAAACUGGGACAGUACUUGUUUAUCUUAUGCCAUUCUUUUCUCGGACAGCAUUGGACCCAAAUUAAAACCUAAUGUUAAGAAAAGUGUCGAUAUUUUACGUGAGAGUCGGAAUGAAGUUGCCCAUAAUGCGGAAGGAAGAUUGAAAGAUGCAGAUUUCCAAACGUCUGUUCAAAAUGUUUUGAACGAGUUCAUAACGUUAAAACUAGAUACGACUGAGUUGUUGAAACUGAAAAACCAAACAAGCUUUCCAACCGAAGAAUUUUAUGUCAUCAAGAAAGAGUUGGACGACGAAAAGAAACGAAAUGCAGAGCCCAAACCUUUUUGUGUCUUACCACCGAAAUCCUUCCAUGACCAGAUCACAAGAGAGCACGAAGUCCAAGAUAUUUCCAAGAAGAUGAAAGAAUUGUCCAACCGAAAGAUGGGAGAAACAACGACAGUUUAUCUCUCAGGUAAUCCAGGAUGCGGUAAGAGUGUGCUUGCAGGGCAGAUUGGAGAUGAGUAUUUUGAUUCUGAUGAUACUGUACAACCAGCUUUCGUCAUGACCAUCAACGCGACGAACAUGGACACAUUGCUCCAGUCCUAUGUCGAAUUUGCAACGAAGUUGAAUUGUUAUCCGGGUUUUAUAACAGACAUUACCACAUCGAAAGACCUUUCUAAAAAACAACAGAUACAGCGACUGAAGUUUCUUGUGGCCAAACAAGUCGACAAGUAUGCUUCCUGGUUAAUGAUCAUAGACAACGUGGUAAAUCUUAAAGAAUACUCUAAAUACUGGCCACAAUUUGGCGAUAUGACAAGUGGUGUCGGCCAGAUCCUUGUCACUACCCAAGAUGAGCAGUCUAUUGCAGAAAACACUUAUACCUGGCACCUAUCCCUAAAACGAGGAAUGACUAAACAGGAUUCCGUCAAGGUACUUUCCAAGAUAUCUGACAAAGAGGAAGAUGACGAAAUGAUGUUCAAAGUCGCUAAAAGUUUGGACUUCCAGCCCCUGGCAUUGGCUUGCGCCGGCGUGUAUAUGAAAACGACCCGUGCGUCAACAACAUGGAAGCAGUUCCUUGAGAAACUAGCUGUAGGAAAACGCGAUUCCAUGGAAAAAGAGUUCGAAAAAAACAGUAUCUCAAUGACCGUAUCGGUAAGAAUGGCAUUGGACAGGGAAACUUGUGGAAACGAAGUUAUUUUUCAUACAUUUGAAUUCCUGUCAGUCUUAGCUAAUGAUCCCAUCCCAACUGAGCAUGUGGUUGCGUACGUAAGUGAACAUUUACCUAAGGAAGAUGAAGAAGUAGUGGCUUCAACUAUUAGAUCAUCUUCUUUGGUGAUGACUUCUGAUGAUGGAGAUCAACUUACUACGCAUCAAAUUGUGCACCAUUGUCUUCAAGAGAAACGUCGUCAAGAGGAAAGUGAAAAAUUCAAUAUGCUUGCUGUAAUAUCUGCUUUUUCAGCUCUUCUGAAAUCCUUUGAUAAAAACUCUGUUGCGGACAUUAUCAAAACCAGGACUUUACUAAGCCAUUUCGAAAAUCUCUCAAGACAUCUUCCUUCGUAUAUUGUACAACAGCAGCUGAAGUGUCAAACAUACCUAAACAAAAACUUCGAGGGCAUUAUAAAUAACUUGAACACUUUAGGCAGUGUGUGUGUUAUCCACGGGAGGUAUCAUAUUGCUAAAGUCUUUUUCCAACUUUCUUUGACAAUGCAGCUUCCUUCUUUUAUAAAUGAAAUGGAAAACCGGCCCUUUGUAGACUUAUCAGAAUUUUCUCAUCUUCAUCUACUGAAACAAGACAGACUAAAUUGUGUCUUUAUGGUGGCAAGGUCCGUUUAUGAUUGCACAGACAGUAGUGAGGAAUCUCCUAUUAGUAUUCAAGACUAUCAUGAAGCAUUUGAGAAAAUAAAUGUAGCUGAAACAAUGUCCAGUCUCGGAAUAGCUAUCUCGAAUUUAGGAGAACUCUCUGUAGCAAGAGACUGUCACGAAGUUGCACUGGGCAUUUGUGAUUUGGAAUAUGAACACAGCUAUGCUUGGCUAAAGUUAAAAGCCGAGAUAUUGAAUAAUCUUGCAGCAGUAUCAAAGGAAAUGGGAAAUAUGAUAGAUGAAAAAAAAUGUUGUCAAAAUGCUAGUAUUCUACACGAAGAAAUUCAUAAAAUGGUGAAACAGUCGUCGUCCGAAAGUGAAUUCAUUCGACUGGAUUUGAAUGACUAUCUUUACAUCAAGGCAAGCUCAUAUUAUGGACUUGGAAAGUCAAACUACACUUUGGCAGCUGAUGGCAAUAGCUCUAGUGAUGGGUAUUUACAUGAAGCCAUAAAGAAUUUAGAAAAGUCGCUGUCUUCGUACAGAAGGGUCUACGGGGAACAGCAUCCCAAAGUAGCACAUGCUUUAAACAGGCUUGGUCGCAGUGUUUUUCGCUUGCGGAAAUAUGAUCAAGCAAGGCAUGACCACAACCAAGCACUUUUUAUUUAUAACUUUGUUUACAACGAAAACCACCCAUUGGUGGGGUCAACACUCAAUAAUCUAGGAAAAACUCUACUUGAACUUCACUGUUAUUACGGGGCCGCAGAAACCUUUAAAGAAUCUCUCAGAAUAGCGAAACGUUUCAGAGGAGAUGAUGAUCCAACAAUCGGGGAAUUACAAUUCAAUCUUGCUCAGUCACUAAGUAAGCAAAAUCACUUUAAUGAAGCUAGGACUUUUUGCGAGAACGCUCUGGCUAUUUUCAGGAGUAAAUAUGGAGAAAAACAUAAUUUGAUAGUUCAAGCACUCAUAAAACUUGCUGACAUAUACAAUAAAUUGGGAGACUACCCCAAGGUACUUGUAACCCUUGACGAGGCUUUUGAAAGAACAGGAAAUAUAAACUAUAUAACACACAUUGCUCAAUCGUAUGUAAACCUUGGUAACACCUUUCGCAGCCAAAAACGCUAUGUUAGAGCCAAGAGAUGUUACGAGAGAAGCCUAGCCUCUGGAUACUGCAGUACUCGCGCUUUGAUUGGUCAAUUACUCUCAGGCAUUGGAGAUGAAAUGGCCAAAAAGGAAAAGUUUCCUGAGGCAGCAUCAUGCUACAUUAACGCUUCGAAAUCUGGAUAUGGCAAAGAUAACCCAAUGCUAGGUCAAAAAAUAUUUCGCAUUGGCUCAAUUAUGUAUGAUCAACAUCAAUUAAAUGAAGCAAAAACAUGUUACAGUCACGCAUUAACCACAAAAUAUGGUAAGGACUCUCUAACUGUGGUUGAAGCGAUUUUCGAACUCUGCGAAAGCUUCUUUGAUCAGGGCAAGUUAAACGAGGCAAAUGCAUGUUACAUAAAUGCAUUAUCCAUCGGAUAUGGUACAUACCUUCCGUUUGUAGGCCAAGCAGUUUUCAAACUUGGCAAGCUCUUUCUGGAUCAAGGCCAAUUAUAUGAGGCAAAAACAUGCUAUAUAAAUGCACUGUACACUUUUUAUGGUAAAAACUGUCAAUCUGUGGGUGAAGAAGUCUUCAAACUUGGCACAUUGUUUUUUGAUCAGAGCAAAUUAAAUACUGGAUAUGAUAAAGACUAUGCAACUGUAAGUGAAAAGCCAUUUCAAUUUGGCACACCAUUGUAUAAUCUUGAAUACCUCAAUGAUGCAGCGCAUUGUUAUAUAGAAGCAUUAACAGUUGGAUAUGGUAAAGACUGCCAAACCGUGGGUAAGCAAAUCUUUGACCUUGGCAAGGAAUUAUACUAUCUUGGAAUGGUAAUUGAAGCGAAAACACUUUAUAUUGCUGCAAUGACUACUAGAUAUGGCAAAGAAACGCCGUCUGUAGGUAUCGCAAUUGUCGAUCUUUUUGAAAGCUUUUCCUCUCUCGGGAAAUACCUUCCUUGUGUUGGUCAAGUAAUCUUAGAAAUUGGCAAAGCAUUGUAUAAUCUAGGCCAGUAUAAUGACGCAAAACCGUUCUAUAUCAACGCCUUAACUACCCAUGGUAUAAAUCAUCCGUCAGUUGGAAAAGCAGUCUUCAAACUUGGCUCAUUCUUUCUUGAUCAGGGCCAGUUAACCGAGGCAAAAACUUGUUACAUGAAUGCCUUAACCACUGGAUAUGGUAAGUGCUCUUCUUCUGUGGGAGAAGCACUAUUCGAACUUGGCACAGCGUUCUUUGAACAGGACCAGUUAAACGAUGCAAAUACAAUUUACAUUAAUGCCUUAUCCACUGGAUAUGGUAAAGCCUGUCCAGCAGUGGGUAAAGCGAUUUUCAAACUUGGCGCAAAAUUAUUUGAUCAGGGACAGUUAACCGAGGCAAAGCAAUGUUACAUGAAUGCUUUAUCCACUGGUUAUGAUACGGACUCUUCUACUGUGGGAGAAGCACUAUUCGAACUUGGCAAAGCGUUCUUUGAUCAGGGCCAGUUAAACGAGGCAAAAACUUGUUACAUUAAUGCCUUUACCACUGGAUAUGGUAAGUGCUCUUCUUCUGUGGGAGAAGCACUAUUCGAACUUGGCACAGCGUUCUUUGAACAGUACCAUUUAAACGAUGCAAAUACAAUUUACAUUAAUGCCUUAUCCACUGGAUAUGGCAAAGACUGUCGACCUGUGGGUAAAGCGAUUUUCAAACUUGGCGCAAAAUUAUUUGAUCAGGGACAGUUAACCGACGCAAAGCAAUGUUACAUGAAUGCUUUAUCCACUGGUUAUGAUAAGGACUCUUCUUCUGUGGGAGAAGCACUAUUCGAACUUGGCAAAGCGUUCUUUGAUCAGGGACAGUUAAACGAGGCAAAGACGUGUUACAUGAAUGCCUUAACCAUUGGAUAUGGUAAGGACUCUCUAACUGUGGGAGAAGCGAUUUUCGAACUCGGCGAAAGCUUCUUUGAUCAGGGCAAGUUAAACGAGGCAAAUGCAUGUUACAUGAGUGCCCUAACCACUGGAUAUGGUAAGGACUCUUCUUCUGUGGGAGAAGCACUAUUCGAACUUGGCAAAGCGUUCUUUGAUCAGGGCCAGUUAAACGAGGCAAAGACGUGUUACAUGAAUUCCUUAACCAUUGGAUAUGGCAAAGACUGUCGACCUGUGGGUAAAGCGAUUUUCAAACUUGGCGCAAAAUUAUUUGAUCAGGGACAGUUAACCGAGGCAAAACAAUGUUACAUGAAUGCUUUAUCCACUGGUUAUGGUAAGGAUUCUUCUUCUGUGGGAGAAGCACUAUUCGAACUUGGUAAAACGUUCUUUGAUCAGGACCAGUUAAACGAGGCAAAGACGUGUUACAUGAAUGCCUUAACCAUUGGAUAUGGCAAAGACUGCCCACCUGUGGGUGAUGCAAUCUACAUUCUUGGUAAUUGCCUAUACAACCAGGCACACUUUAAUGAUGCACAAGAUUGCUAUGUAGGUGCCCUAAGCACUGGAUAUGCCAAAGACUGUCCUUCUAUUGUCGAAUCAAUUGUCAGAUUUGGGUCAUCAUUUUAUGAUUUGAGAGAGAUAAAUGUGGCAAAAGCAUGUUACACAAACGCCUUAGCGAGUGGAUAUGGUAUGAGAGACUGUCCUGCAAUGAGAGACUCGAUCUGUAGACUUGUCAUAAGUUUAUAUGAUUUGGGACUGUUUACUGAAGCAAAAACAUGUUUUGAAGAGUGUGAAAAUGCAAAAUGUAUCGAUGAUCAUUCACUUGGUACGGCAAAAUUCAAUCUUGGUAAAGCAAAGUAUGAAGAUGGUGAUUAUUUUGAAGCAAAAACAGCCUUUGAACAGUGUUUAGCUACAGGAUAUGGUGGCAAGCACCCUGAAGUUUUUCUAGCCCUGGGUGAUUCUCUUUAUCAUCUGGCAAGAUAUUAUGAAGCCGAAAUAUGUUAUAAAACUGUCCUGGCUGCUGAAUACACCAGUGAGGACUGCCCAACCUUGGAUACGUCAUUCUUUAACCUUGGGAAAGCAUUCUAUGAAUUAGGAGAUUAUCACCAAGCUCAAUCGUGCUACAAAAGCGUUUUAGCUGCUGGCUGCAAUGGCGAGCAUUUGAAUUCUUUUUGUACGUCAGUCAUCGACCUUGGUGAGACAUUCUGUAAUUUGAAGCAAUAUAAUGAAGCCAGAAUGUGUUUUGAAAGUGUACUAAAAUUCUUUCGAGCUUUGAAUGAGAAUGAUGACCUCAUUUGCCUCACACUCCUGAAACUUUUGUUUACUCUCGAGAGUUUGGAGUGUUACGAGUCGGCAGUCCCAUACUAUGAAGAACUUCUUUCCAAUGCAAAGAUCCUAUAUGGUAGGAACAGUCAAAUAGUUGCCGAUCUGUACAUCUUGCUUGGCGAAACCUUAGAGAAACUAGAAAGACACGACGAGGCACGAAAAUGCUUCAAGAAAGGAAAAGCUAUUUUGUCAUUGUUAGGGAGAAUUCGCAGACUGCUGUCUUCCGAACAACCGCACAGUACCUUGAAUGACAUAGAGACGGGAAUAAUGUUGCUGCAGACAAUGCGAACCAGUGUUCAAUAACUGACACUUAUCGUAAUGAUACAGAGAACAUUGAGGCUUCAUCGCAAUCUGACAAUGUUAAAAUGUUAUCUGCAAACAUUGCUAUUUUAUAAGCACUGCACUGAGGGAUAGCGAUUCCUUUCGGAUAUCAUGUAUAUACUGUAACAUUUUGAAACUUAAGAUUGAAAAUUUGUUUGUAAAAAAAAAUUGUAAAUACAAUGUCGAGUUAAUUUCUAAAGUUUUCCAUUAGAAGUACGUUUGGACAGUUA